AACAACAACAUCAUGAUGUUGACAUUUCUAAUUUUCUUCUGUUGAAAAUGUGUUUCGCUGCGGUGAAUAUGAAAAAAAUUUCGCUUUGAAAUAGUGAAAAACACAUUAAAAUCUUAUUUUAUCUCGCAUAAUUUAAGUCUUUUACUGCCGGUCGAUUAAUACAAAGGUAGAAAACGAUAAACGUUACUUACGAUGAUUAACCUUCCGAGAAUUGGUCAGCGACUAGGAUUUAGUGUGUUCAAGCGGAAUUUCAGUGCACCAGUGGCUCCAUUCGCGUCCCGGGUUCCUUCCGACGAGUCUGGAAGCAAUCGAAAUUUGGACGCUGAUCUUACUAAACCUAGUGUUACCAAUAACAAGUCGCGGAAUCAAGUGGUUGGCCUGAAUCCUGGAACGAGUACAUUAUCACAAGAAGCAGCAUCAAGCAAGAAUCCCAUAGUAGCUGCUGCGUUUGCUUCUCUUCUCCAGGAAGAUAGUUCAGAUGACCGGAUUGUAAAAUCAGGAUCUGUAAACGCCGAUGUAGAUGAAAAAAUAAUAAACGCAUCUACAGUAAACGAUUUGUUGAUUAUUCCCAGCCAAGGACGGAUUACCCGAAAACAAGCUCUAAAGAUUGUAUCAAUAUUGGCCGAGUGGAGCUCGAUCAAGAAGGUGAAAUUGGCUGACUUUGAAAACGAUAAUAGAUUUCUUCAACUGUGUAGUGUUCUUGGUCGUACUAACAAUCGGAACAAUGGCACAAGGGUCCCGUUACGUUCCUUGGCUAAUGUUCAACAAUCGUCGCUGCCAGUGGACGACCUUCAAACCGUAUUGGGCGUAACGGCCAACGAUGAAGCAGCUAAAUUAAUCGCCGGCCUUACGUUGCAGCAGAUGAUUAAAGUUAUGACUUCGUUGUCGCAGAAGAAAAAACGAAGCACUCCUCUGCUACGAACACUAGCAUUCAACAUAAGCAGCAGUACCAGCAAACUGAACCUGAAAGAAUGUGGUGAUUUGCUAUAUGCAAUGGCAACUCUCAAUUUCCGCGAUACUGUAUUGACAGCACGUAUUUGUGGUGACGUAGAGACAGAACUGGUCAAGAAUGAAAACAAACCAGCUCCAGUAAGUUCGAUCCUCACCAGCUUGAGUCUAUUACGAUAUCGGGACUCAGCUAUGUUAGAUUCACUAUCGGACUGGGUUGUGAAAAAUAAUAAAAUCUGCAAACCGUCACAUGUCAGUACUUUGUUACUUUCGCUUGCAACUCUGAGCUACGAACCUUCCAACAUGGAUCAAUUGAAAUCGGAGUUGAUAGCUAGUUUAUCGGAAAGUGACUUUAUAAAACCAAUUGAUUGGCUCAAUACAGUUUGGUCGUUAGCGGUUCUUGGGAGUGCAUCUGAAAAAAAUUUGGCUUCGGUUUUAAAAACUUCGUUUAUUGCAAAUCUAGAAAACGAUCGUAACGGCGAAUUAUCGCCAUCUAUCAAGAUGAAACUAUUAAAUUUGAAUGGAUGUUUAUCAGUUACAAACCAGAAAACUGAUCUGAAUGUCAGUGAUCCCAAAUUUUUCGUUCCUUUAGACGCCUCCAAAGAUAAGCGAAUACUGAUUGCUGGAAUGUUGGACGCAUUGAAAAGUUUAGUUCCUUCGGAAAGCCAUGUUAAAAUCAAUACCAGGACAAAAAUGGGGUUCUCAAUAGAUGCUGAAUGUGUGCUGGAUUCUAAAUGUUUACCUCUUGCUGUGGACAAAGAUCAUCCCGAUGCUAAAAGAAUCGCCCUUCUGGUACACGACUAUCACGACAUGUGUCAAGGACCACACCCAGCUUUGAAUGGAGUUCAGACGCUAGUUUGUCGAUUACUGCAACAAAGCGGUUAUUCCGUGUUAUCGAUUCCAUACACUGAGUUCAAUACCAGUGAUAAGCUAUUGAAGCGAGUCGAGUAUUUGCAGAAAAAAUUUAAAACAAUUGUAAAUGUAAAGCCUUAGCGGUAUAGGAGUUAGUAAUUUGUUAUCGCUCGCCGUUGUAGAAUAAAAUUGAUCGGAACAUUCAA